CCGGAAGUCCUGUUCAUUCAUUCUACCGGUUUCUUCAAGUUGCAUCGCAUCUCAUGGUAGCACUGUGUUCAGGAGGCACGAGAGAUGUUGCUGCUGGUGUUGGGAGCCCUCCUCCUGCUCUUCUGCAGUCUGGAUGUAUGGUACUUCCUACGGGGGGCCCAGGUGUUCAUCCAGGCAUGGUUCCAACCCAGAAUAUGGGACAUUCUAGCCGAGCAAAGCAUUGAUGGCAUGGUCCUUCCCCAUGAUUUGGACUACAUGGGCCACAUGAACAACUCUCGUUACCUGAGGGAGUGUGACUUUGCUCGCUUCCACCAUUACAUGCGAAACGGGCUGUUCAUGGCCUCACGCAAACUGGGGGCCAAAAUGGUGGUAGGGGCUUCCACCAUCCGGUACCGGCGCUCCUUGGCCUUCCGUGAGGCUUUUGAGAUUCGGACCAAAGUAGUGGGAUGGGAUGAGAAGGCCUUUUACUUGGAGCAGCGCUUUGUGUCUAAGAAAGAUGGAUUCGUAUCUGCGGUCAUGCUCUGCAGGCAGAAUGUGGUGCACUGCAGCCCAGAGAGGAUUAUCGAGUUUGUCUGCAAAAGGAAGAUCGAGUGCCCAGAGUUUCCUGAGGACCUCAAACACUGGAUCAGCUUCAUUUCAGCCAGCAGCCAAGCACUGAGAGCGGAGAGCGGACUGGAAGAGAAGAACAAGUGAAGCCACACCAUGAACCCAUGUAUCAUGAGUGUAGACACAUAUCAUUUGCAUUGCACGCACAUAUACAAUAUACAUCCAUACAUACAUGCAUACAAACAGUUAAACAUUGUAGAGUUUUAGUUGACUGACACAAUUCCACUUUCUGUUAUGGGUCAAUCCUACCUGCUGUGUAUUUUUGUAUGAUGUGAACUCAAGUACUGGACUAAGAACAGCUGAAAACUUGAACUAUAAGGUAUUCCUUGUUUUAAAUGCACUUAUGCACUGAGAUCAUAAUGAAAGUUGUUCUGUCCGACGAAAGUAAAACAAAAACGUAGCUUUAUCCUUACAGCUUAUUCAGUAGUUGACUGUGAAUAGACUGGCUUUAGACAUCUUCAUUCUCAUUUAGCAAAAUCGUCUAACUUCAGAUAAGCAUGUAGAGCAAAAGUUACUCUUCCGCUGACAUCAAUGCAUGUUUUGAAACAACCAGAAUAAUUUUUGUGCCUGUUUCUCUUGAUUAGUCGUAGUUUACAGUUAUAAUUUCAGGGAAUUAUAACUUUUUUUGAAAAAAAGAAAACAUACAGUAGGUUUGAUGAAAUGCUUGAAUGGACAUCAUGAACAUAAAAUGACAAUUAGUUUUAAUCUCCCCAUCAGCGUUUUGCACAAAGUAACCCAAGUGAGUAAACAACCUGAACUCUUGUUGAAAAUUUGAGAGGGAAUAUUUGUUUUAGAAGGACCCUUUUCAGUACAGUAUUGUUCUUUUACCAAAUUUAUAAUACAUGCAUUUAAAGGGUGGGCUUCUUGAUUGGAGUUGCAUUUGAUUUUAGGAGAAAUUGCUCAAAUCCAACUUGACAGACAUGAUAAGAAAAGGUUAAUUCUGUAUGAGGUUGCUGGCAACUUUUCAAAAACUUGCAGCGCACUAUAAACACUGAAUGUUUGGAUGAUACUUGGUUUUUAUUGAGACAGCCUUUUAAAAUGUGGGACCUUCCUUUUAAUGCAUAAAAGCUUUAGUUUGUGACCAAAGUAAUGUAUUGUUCUGUAAGAAGAGGAAACAAAUUUUUAAAGAUGUACUGUAUGUCUAUUUAUGUUGUCAAUGCACAGAAUCCUAUUUAAUUCCUUUAAGUUUGAAGAUAUGUGUUGUCCUUUUUAUUUUCCACUUGGAUUAUUGUACCAGACUUCAUUUAUUGUGUUUGUUAAUUAUUUAAUGGCAUUUUAAAUUAAAAAUGCAUUGGAAACUAUGUUCAGCCUGUCAUUAUAAGUGCUUGUUGUUCAGUAAAAACCUGAAUUUCUGAUGAA